AACUCUGCGCCGGAAGUGGCUCGUAGAUCGUAAAUAACCUGAAAAAGGCAAGAGAGGCGCUGUCUCCAUUUUGUUGGCGUUUGCUGCAUCUGCGACGUUUUGGAGAUGGGGAGCGUCUUGGGACUGUGCUCCAUGGCGAGCUGGAUACCAUGUCUGUGUGGCAGUGCCCCGUGUUUGCUGUGCCGAUGCUGCCCUAGUGGAAACAACUCCACUGUAACGAGGCUGAUCUAUGCACUUUUCUUGCUUGUUGGAGUGUGUGUAGCCUGUGUAAUGUUAAUACCGGGAAUGGAAGAACAACUGAAUAAGAUUCCUGGAUUUUGUGAGAAUGAGAAAGGUGUCGUCCCCUGUAAUAUUCUGGUUGGCUACAAAGCUGUAUACCGUUUGUGCUUUGGCUUGGCUAUGUUCUAUCUUCUCCUCUCUCUGCUGAUGAUCAAAGUGAAGAGCAGCAGUGACCCUAGAGCUGCAGUGCACAACGGAUUCUGGUUCUUUAAAUUUGCUGCCGCAGUAGCAAUUAUUAUUGGGGCAUUCUUCAUUCCAGAAGGAACUUUUACAACUGUGUGGUUUUAUGUAGGUAUGGCAGGUGCCUUUUGCUUCAUCCUCAUACAGCUAGUCUUACUUAUUGAUUUUGCCCACUCAUGGAAUGAAUCAUGGGUUGAAAAAAUGGAAGAAGGAAAUUCAAGAUGUUGGUAUGCAGCUUUGUUAUCAGCUACAGCUCUGAAUUAUCUGCUGUCUUUAGUUGCUAUCGUCCUGUUCUUUGUUUACUAUACUCAUCCAGCCAGUUGUUCAGAAAAUAAAGCAUUCAUCAGUGUCAACAUGCUCCUCUGCCUUGGUGCUUCUAUCAUGUCUAUACUGCCAAAAAUCCAAGAAUCACAGCCAAGAUCUGGUUUGUUACAGUCUUCUGUAAUUACAGUCUACACAAUGUAUUUGACAUGGUCUGCUAUGACCAAUGAACCAGAAACAAAUUGCAACCCAAGUCUACUAAGCAUAAUUGGGUACAACACAACAAGAACCGUCCCAAAGGAGGGGCAGUCUGUCCAGUGGUGGCAUGCCCAAGGAAUCAUAGGGCUAAUCCUCUUUUUAUUGUGUGUGUUCUAUUCAAGCAUCCGUACUUCAAACAAUAGUCAGGUUAAUAAGCUGACCCUAACAAGUGAUGAAUCAACAUUAAUAGAAGACGGCGGAGCCAGAAGUGAUGGAUCACUUGAGGAUGGAGAUGAUGUUCACCGAGCUGUGGAUAAUGAAAGGGAUGGUGUCACUUACAGUUAUUCCUUCUUUCACUUCAUGCUUUUCCUGGCUUCCCUUUAUAUCAUGAUGACCCUUACCAACUGGUACAGGUAUGAGCCUUCUCAUGAGAUGAAAAGUCAGUGGACAGCUGUCUGGGUGAAAAUCUCUUCUAGUUGGAUCGGCAUCGUACUGUAUGUUUGGACACUGGUGGCACCACUUGUUCUUACAAAUCGUGAUUUUGACUGAAUAGGGCUUCUGGCAUGAUGAAAGUCCCAAUGUAAUCAUUGCUUAUUUGAAAUUAACAGUAUUUCCAACUUUUGUAAAGUUGUGUAUGUUUGUGCUUCCCAUGAAACUUCUCCAGUGUUCUGGCAUGAAUUAGAUUUUACUGCUUGCCAUUUUGUUUUUCAUUAUAUUCUUGCCAAGCACAUUGAUAGGUGUGUUAGAAUGAAUCACAGAGGUUUUUAUGAGUAUGGUGGUGAGUUAGGAAAAGUGGACAUUGUUAGGUUAAUCCUGUUCUGUACCUGUGAAAAUAAUAGUGAAAACAAGACUACUUGACAGUUUGAUUUUUAAAUUGUGUUAGCACUUAAGCUUACAAGUGUAAAAGGAAGUGUAUGGCUGCCUUUUGAUACACUUGCUGCCUUUCCCUGCAGGAGGCUGCAAAGAACAUGGCUAUUUAAAAAUUGUUUAAGCAAGUCACUUAAGUGACUAUUGUCUGAAAAGUCUUUUUAGGUUUUUCCCUUGAUAUAAAGAUAGGAAACUUGUACAUACAGUGUUUGGUGGACAGUAGUGUGAAUUAUGGGGAAACUGAGGCAGAGACUUCAGGGAAACUCAGAUUGGUGAUGGGUACUAAAUUGAAUACUCAGUUAGGUUUUAAUCUUCCCUGAGUAGGGAUGGCCUUCCAUAGCAACAUAGCUUUGUUUUGGUCAUUAUAAACACAUGUAAAAGCAUGGGUUCAGUGGAGAUGUAAGGAACUCUGAAGGAUUUACACAAAGUUUUUGAAAAGAAUAAUCAUGAAUUAGAAGGAAGUUGUUGAAAACCACUUUGAAAUCAAAGGUGGUAGACUUUGGACAGGACAGCAAGAAACUGCAAAAUAGUAGGCUUCAGUUGAUACUUAGACAAAAUCUAGUCCAAUCCUACCAUUUUAAAAAAGAAGCAACUGAAGCACAGAUUUAAACAGCUCAGGUCGCUAAUUAGUGGAAAAGCUAAGAAGGCCUAAGUCUGCCGAAAAGAACUGACAUUCUCUCUGGCAUUCAAAACUAAUUUCUAUUAAAAAUACAUGUGUAAUAGAUUUUACACCUGAGUCGUGGUAGAUAAUUUAUGUGUUGUGGAUUGUUGGUGUCAACACAAUUCCUUAAAAUGUUGGUUUGCCUCCUACCUGUAAACUGAAGCCAUGAGAAUGAUGGAAUGCUGCAGAAUAAACUCCUGCUUACAGCACGCUAUACAGUUCAAAGGAUGUUCCAAAUGCUUUUGUAUCUGCUGCCAUCUAAUUAAAAUAUAUAGAUUAUUAUAAUCUUAAAAAUGCAGUAUCUAACAGCUUAGAAACUCUUAGUUACUUGUGUCAUUAGUGUCUUAAUCUUACCCCCUCAAAAAACCUUUGUUUGCUUCUUUCAAGAUAUUUAUUAAUUUAAAUGCAGUGUAACAAUACAGCUUAAUUCCCCAGCCUUAUUCUGUAUUGAUGUGUUCCAUUAUUUGAAUGAUUGUAUUCUAUCUCUAAAUAAAUGAAUUCAGAGAAA